UUGAAGUUGGACAAGCUCAUCUUGAUAUUCAGAUACGGGAAGUAGUUUGUAAAUGUCUAUAACUCAACAACUCCUCAAGCACCCUGGGCAACAGGCUGCGAGGAGGAAAAACAACAAAAACAGUAAAAUAAGGAAAUGCCCAGCGCAGCACCACCCGCGUCCAAGACUCGAUAUGAGCGGCGGCUUUCAACAAGACCAGCGAGAGGGAGGACCUUGUAGUGAUCCGAGGUGCUGAAGGUGUCAGAGGGGGGCGGGGGAGACACACGCAAGCAAGAGCUGGAGAGUUGGAGACGUCGACAGCCAGAGAGCACAACCUCAACAGCUAAAAUGGCCGGAACGUAGAGAAAGAGACAAGAAAAUGAGAAGUGCAGCAAUGAAUGCUGUCCGUGAGUGGUUUUGACGUUCAGAAUUCGAGAGCCAAGGAGAACGGAAUCCGACUCAGCGCAGUGAGAAUUUCCGGAGACGGUUUGCUGAUUGAAUUCGCUGGACGGCGAUGCCCUGCCAGUCGGUCAGCGGCCGCAGCGACGGCGAGAAAGAGGAGGAUGAAUGAAGAAGAGAUUGGCGGCAGCGGUGCGGGUGGGAAGACGUGCCCUUUUGAAAGAAACACCUCCCAGGCGCCAGGUGGGGCAGCUGUGAGAGAUGCACGUGUUGCUGGUGGGUGAGAGUUUGGCGGGGGGUGGUCCGUGAACGAGGCUCUGAAACCUGGAACCGUUGGCCUAUCUUAUCGCCGAGGAUUCCCCGGUCCACCGACAAAUGAUGAUGCUUGGUUCAGGCAGUGAAUUGCUGCGCGCCAGUUACCAAGUAGGUGGGUGAAUCGAGAGAAAAAUACAAGGCCAUGACCACGAUUACCGCCUCCUACAACGACGCCAUGAUGAUGCUUUAGGUUCUCGACACCUCAUCUCUACGCCCCACGAUAGUCCUAUGUUCCGACUGCACCAAUAGACGGAGUAUUUCGAUUAUUCUGGAUCUUUUCCCCCUCCAUAUGUGACUGCUCCGUCUCUUUCGAAUAUGUUGGUUCGCGCAUUUCCAAUAAUCUCCGUUGACAUCGCUCGAGUUGGGAGACAUCGCCGCUAUUGCGGUCCCUGAUCCUCUUUUCCUCUCUACUGCUAAGCGCCACCAUUCCUUUACGAUUCAACGACGCUCCUUUAUCUUUUCGAGCAAAAAAUGCCAGGCCUCCCUUCCUCCGUCGACCUCGACGAAUGUAUCGCCCGUCUUUACAAGAAGGAACUCCUCGCCGAGUCGGUCAUCGAGGCGAUAUGCGCCAAAACAAAAGAGCUCCUCAUGAGGGAGUCCAAUGUUGUCCAUGUCAAAGCCCCAGUAACCGUCGUCGGCGAUAUCCACGGCCAGUUCUACGACCUGAUUGAGAUCUUCCGCAUCGGAGGUUUCUGUCCCGACACCAACUAUCUAUUUCUAGGUGACUAUGUCGACCGCGGCAUGUUCUCAGUCGAGACCAUCUCGCUGCUCGUAUGCCUCAAGCUGCGCUACCCCAACCGGCUGCACCUUAUCAGGGGCAACCACGAGUCUCGAGGCGUAACACAGUCUUAUGGGUUCUACACGGAAUGCUCGAGGAAAUACGGCAACGCCAACGUCUGGCACCAUUUCACGGAUAUGUUUGACUACUUGACGUUGAGUGUGGUGAUUGACGACAGGAUAUUCUGCGUACAUGGUGGCCUCUCCCCAUCAAUCCACUCCAUCGACCAAAUCAAGAUCAUAGACCGCUUCCGCGAGAUCCCCCACGAAGGCCCCAUGGCGGAUCUCGUCUGGUCCGAUCCCGACCCCGAGCGCGACGAGUUCUCCCUGUCACCCCGCGGCGCAGGCUACACAUUUGGGUCACAAGUCGUGAAGAAGUUUCUCGAAGUCAACAAGAUGGAACACAUCCUCCGCGCCCAUCAGCUGUGCCAGGAGGGAUACCAGACGCUGUUUGACAACCAGCUGUCGACGGUGUGGAGCGCCCCAAAUUACUGUUACCGCUGUGGAAACAUGGCGAGUGUGCUGGAAGUGGGGGAGAACGGAGAGAGGGUGUUCAACGUUUUCGAAGCCGCGCCCGAGAAUGACCAGGUCAAGGACAUGCAGAUGGGGCAGGAUAAGAUGGGGGAGCAGGGGCAGUUGCCGGAUUACUUCUUAUAAGGGUGAGGUUGGGAAACUAGAACCAGAAGUGCUGCCAAGGGGAGGCAUGUGGAAACCACAGCGUUGGCGCAGGGGAGUAGAGCGAGAGAAGGUGCUCAUGUUUCGCUUUUGAUUGGAUCUCGGGGAUGUAUCAGGCACGCCUCAAGCAGGCCCAACUGGGACAAGAGAGGGGGUUUAUUUGUAGGAUGUCAUGCACCAAGUUGCAUCCUCCUCAAACUGUUGGGCAGGGGCAAUAAUAGGGCAUGUUCCUGUAUUUGUUUUGAAGAAUAGCGCAUGACAUACCCAUAGAGGGAGACGAAUGAUACCAAAUGAAUGAGGAGUUAUCUACUCGAAGAGAUUUCCUCCAAAAGACACUUUGGUA